AUGCCUAAGCACAAUUUUGCAACUUUGACAUGUGUUAGUAAAACCGUACAUAUCAUCACAACUACUUUGUACAUCCAGGUGAAUUAAACCGCGUUUUUUUUCAAGACAAAUUGGGCUUUCAUUUGGUGGUAAAUGAGCUCUCUGACACCCCUGUCACUCCCCAGCGUGCUCCCCAGAAAGUAUGCAAAUAUGUGGCCCCAUGGAAAAAAACCCAGUUCUGUGAGGCCGCAUGUUUGUGUGAAGUCCACACGAAGGGGGUUAAAG